GCUCUUCUGCAACCACCAGUAACUUUUCCCCACGCCGCACGUUCCCUCUCUCUCCUACUGGAUUUAUUUCCCUCUCAUAUUCUGUUUCGUCUACCUUUUCCACUCCAUUCAUUCUUCGUGACAAGCAAACAUGUCGAAUGAAGCUGAUGACGAUCUCGCCCCCUCCCGCACAGAGGGCUUCAAGCUCGGUGAGAAGAAGACUCUAGAAGAGUAUCAGAAGCUUGAUGAAAACGACGAAUCCCUCCGCAAGUGGAAAGAGUCACUUGGCAUUGGAAGCGGUCAAUCACUCGCCGAUUCAAGCGAUCCCCGCAAAGCCAUCAUCCUCUCUCUCGCGCUGGAGGUAGAAGGUCGGCCUGACAUUGUCGUCGACUUGACGGCCCCUGGCUCCGUGGAGACCCUCAAGUCCAAGCCUUUCACCAUCAAGGAAGGCGCCCGCUUCAAUAUGACUGCUACCUUCAAGGUGCAGCAUGAGGUCCUCUCCGGUCUCAAGUACCUUCAAGUCAUCAAACGUGGCGGUAUCAGAGUACGAAAGGACGAAGAAAUGAUUGGCUCGUACGCUCCGAGUACUUCUGAUAAGCCAUCCUACGUCAAGAAGUUCGCCAAAGAAGAUGCUCCGUCGGGUAUGAUGGCCAGAGGUCAUUACACUGCCACGUCCAAGUUUAUCGACGACGAUGACAACACGCAUCUAAUGUUUGAAUGGUCUUUCGAUAUCAAAAAGGACUGGUGAUUGGCCCAAUAACGGCGGGAAAAUGAUUGAAACGAAGCCAUUCAUGUUUUUAUUUACUUCAUCAUCGCUGAGCGAGAUGAGAUGCAUUAUCUGGAGCUGCAAAUGAGAUUAAUCUUACAUGCUAAUUUACCAGCAUUGAUCGCGUCUUUACAUGCCCCUAGAUGCCCUGUGCCAUUUCCGAAACGCCUUUUGAUGAUUCUACAAGAAGUACUCGACUACCACG